AUUAUACCAAAAAUCCAAUAUGGCGGUGAUAAUGUUGUGAAUUCCUCAAAAGUACGGUCAAUAAAAUUGAUAAUUCCGUGUGAAGAGUGUACAAUUUUGCAAUAAAUCAUACAUAAAAGUGUAGUUGAUACAGCCGGCCGUGCAUUUGUUGCCUUUCCAUCCCCAACAACUUCAUUGCAAGUGGUGAAAAUCGGGGCCUAAAUGCUGACUGAGUCGAGGUGUUUGUAAUCCACCGAUUUCUACGUUGCUUCGGAGAAAAUUUGCCGUCUGCACCAGAGGUUAAUCCCAUUUGGCCAUCUUUUUUUCUGUUUGGGGCACACAAAAUGCUGACUGGUGAUCCACGAAUUUAGAGGGAACCGGCCAAAUCGCGUGGAAGAAAUCCUCUUAGAAUUCGUGUUGCAAUUUAAAGAAAUAAUAAUAAUAAUAAAAGAGACCCAAUUUGAGCGUCUGUGCGUACGCCUCUUCCUGGACAGUUCCGGAAGUUUGCCAGCCUGCCCAAGGACAUAUCGAAAACUCGCGGGGAUUCUAUCUACAAGUGGCUGGCAUCAACGCGUACACCACGGACAUCUUAUCUGGGCGCCCGAAGAUCGCGAAGGUGAAGAAGCGCAAGCGGAAAAUCGCCACAAUGACCACGGAUACCAGAAAGAGGGUAAAGCUGUAUGCAUUGAAUGCAGACAGACAAUGGGACGACAGAGGUACUGGCCAUGUUUCAUCCCAAUACGUCGAGAGAUUAAAGGGCAUGUCCUUACUUGUGCGCGCCGAGGCAGAUGGAUCUCUGCUGCUGGAGAGCAAAAUACAGCCGGACACGGCAUACCAGAAGCAGCAGGAUACGCUAAUCGUGUGGUCAGAAGGGGAUAACUUCGAUCUGGCGCUCAGUUUUCAGGAGAAGGCUGGUUGUGAUGAGAUCUGGGAGAAGAUUUGUCAGGUACAAGGGAAGGAUCCAUCUGUGGAGAUAACUCAGGAUAUUGUGGAGGAGUCUGAGGAUGAGAGAUUUGAGGAAAUGUCAGAUUCGGCGCCACCAGUUGAGUUGCCACCGUGUGAAUUAUCGCGGUUGGAGGAUAUUUCAGAGGCGAUUGUCAGUGGUUUGGCUACGCCGUUGCGCAAGGAGAAACUGGCAAUGGCACUUGAGUCGGAGAAUUAUAUUGAGAAGCUCCUGAAUUUGUUUCACAUGUGCGAAGAUCUGGAGAAUCUCGAGGGUUUACACCAUCUCUUUGAGAUUUUUAAGAAUAUUUUUCUCCUGAACAAAAAUGCCCUAUUUGAAAUAAUGUUUGCUGAAGAUACAAUUUUUGAUGUUGUGGGAUGCCUGGAGUAUGAUCCGUCACUGCCGUCACCCAAAAAGCAUCGUCAGUAUUUGCGGCAAAUGGCAAAAUUUCGUGAGGCACUACCGAUAAAGAAUCAGAACCUCCUGGCUAAGAUACAUCAAACGUAUCGUGUCCAGUAUAUUCAGGACAUUGUUCUGCCAACACCAUCGGUAUUUGUUGAGGACAAUAUGUUGAAUACCCUUUCGAGUUUUAUCUAUUUUAACAAAGUGGAAAUUGUAACGUUGAUCCAGGAAGAUGAGAAAUUUCUGGUGGAAUUGUUUGCAAUGUUGACAGAUCCAAAGACAUUGGCAGUUAAGAGGAGAGAUCUGAUUCUAUUUCUCAAAGAAUUCAAUAAUUUCGCACAAAAUCUUCAGCCACAGGGCAAAGAUACAUUCUACAAGACACUCACAACACUCGGCGUCCUGCCGGCGCUCGAGAUUACGUUGGCUAUGACUGAUCAGAAGACUAAAGCUGCUUCCAUUGAUAUUCUCACGUCAAUUGUGGAGUAUUCAUCAUCAACGGUGAGAGAUUACACUCUGCAACAGGACAAUACUACAGACCCGAAGAAAAUGUUAGUCAACAUUGCACUCGUACAAAUGCUGUCGGAUUCAGAGCCAGAACUUGGUGGUGCUGUCCAACUGAUGGGUGUGAUUCGAAUACUGUUGGAUCCAGAGAAUAUGUUAGCGUCCGUCAACAAAUCAGAUUUUCUUAAUUUUUUCUACAAGCAUAGCAUAAAAAUACUAGUAGAGCCUUUGUUGGCGAACACCGUUGGUGAUAAGCCGGCGAAGGAGGAUUAUCAUACAGCUCAACUGUUAGGUUUAAUUCUUGAGUUGUUGUCAUUCUGUGUUGAGCAUCACACGUACCACAUCAAGAAUUUCAUCCUGCAGAAGGACCUUCUGGAAAGAAUAUUGGUCCUGAUGAAGAGUACUCACACGUUCCUUGUGCUUGGCGCUCUAAGAUUUGUGAGAAAGGCAAUUGCCAUGAAAGAUGAAUUUUAUAAUAGGCAAAUAGUGAAAUUUAAUUUAUUUGCACCAAUCGUUGAUGCAUUCAUUAGGAAUAAUAACCGAUAUAAUCUACUCGAAUCAGCUAUACUGGAAUUCUUUGAAUUCAUCAAGUUGGAAGACAUCAAAACGCUAUGCACAUAUUUUGUGGAGAAAUUUGGGAAAGUAUUUGAGGACAUUGAAUAUGUUCAGACAUUCAAAAGUUUAAAGACAAAAUAUGAUCAGCAUCAGGAGAGAUUUAAGGAUCGCGAUAAGAUUUUGGACAGUAGUAUACCAAUGAUUCGAAAUAUCCGUCAUCGAAGAGAUCAACGACAAUUGGAAGAGGAAGAAGAGAUCUGGUUUAAUGAGGAUGAUGACUUUUCGGAUGUUCCAACGUCAAAGCCUGAAUCAGAGACAGGUUUAGAAACUGUAAAUGGGCCGAAGAUAAAUAGCUCGACGCCGGUUUCAACAGCCACAACAACAACAACGGUGAUACCAGCUUUACUACAGACCAGUGCUUCGCCGACAAUUCCCACAGCACAGGCUCAGAGUCCGCCACAGCAACAGCCGCUACUCCAGCAGACGCACCAGCAGCAGCCACUGCAAGUUCAAACGGCUGUCAGUAGUAAUUUAAACAAUGUGAACAAUAAUUCCAAGGGAUCCAGCGGAUUGGUCUUCACAGACACAAAUAAAACCAUUGGGGAGGACACGAAAAGUAUAGUGGCAGGAACGAUCAAAAAGGGACUAGUCGACUAUGAGGGUGAUUCAGAUGAUGAGGAUGAGGAUGAAUCUGUCAAUACACCUCUGCAGAAGAAAGCACGUCUCGCAUAGCAGCUGCACUUAUUGAAGAAGACUUAAUUAUCUCAAUGGGUUUGAUAUAAGUUUGUCGAUAUGAAAGAGAGAGAGAGAGAGAGAGAGAAUGGAUAAUUAGCGAAAUUUGUGUGAAUCACAGAAAUUUCGUCAAUGAAAAAUAAAAGAGACACAACAAAUUAAAUAAAAUUAAAAAAAUGAGAAAAAAGGUUAGGAAAACCACAAAAAAUGGAUAUAAAAAAAUUGAAACACAAAAAUGAGAAACAAAAAAUAUUUUAAUUUUAAAUACAUUACAUAAGUAUAAUAAAAAUUUAAAAGUAAUGGAAGAGAGAAAAUGAAGUACACAACGCCAUCAAGAUCUUUGUUAGGGGGAUGGAUGGGGGCAGGGGGAGGGCGGGGCGGGGUGUCAAAGGAAAGGCGGAAAGUGGAACUGACAAUUUCCAGUUUGGAGAAUUGGGGAGAUCGGACAAUGUGCACCAAUUAAGUUGAAGGAAGAGGUGCAUAUCCUGUGAGAGAAAAGGGGUCUACACAGAAAAAAAAUAUUUUGUAAAAAUGUUCGUAAAUGUUUGUGAAUUUCUUUGGGGGAGUUACGCAAUGUUUGUGAAACGUAUAACCCACAAACAAGUUCGUAAAAAUUUGUACGUUUUUCACAAACAUUGUUCGUAAUAUGAUCACUUGACGAACAUUUUUUGUAUUUUUACAAACAUUUGUUCGUAAAUGUUCGUAAACACAAAAAAUGUUUGUAAAACUUUGUCAUUUGUUCGUAAAUGUUCGUAAACACACAAAAAAACGUUCGUAAAAGUUUGUCAUUUGUUCGUAAAUGUUCGUAAACACACAAAAAACGUUAGUAAAAGUUUGUCAUUUGUUCGUAAAUGUUCGUAAAAUGUUCGACAGGAAAACAAACAUUUAGGAACAAAUGACAAAAUUUUACAAACAUUUUUUGUGUGUUUACGAACAUUAACGAACAAAUGUUUGUAAAAGUACAAAAAAUGUUCGUAAAAUGAUCAUGUUACGAACAAUGUUUGUGAAAAACGUACAAACUUUUACGAACUUGUUUGUGGGUUAUACGAUUCACGAGCAUUUUGUAACUCCCCCAUAGGAAUUCACAAACAUUUACGAACAAUUUUACAAAUUAUUUUUUUCUGUGUAGAGGAAAGUGCCCAUGCUUCGUACGAUCUCAAGCUUCGGAAAGACUAAGUUUUUCCUGCGUUUUUCAAUAAAUAUCCCGGAAUUUUUAAAAUACGGGUGCAAUGAGUCGCAUUUAUUGAGAAACGUGGGAAAAAUUUAGUCAUUACGAAGCUUGGGAUCGUACGAAGCAUGGGCAAUUUGCCCUAAACAUCUCAAAGACAAGUACCAUGAUGAAGAGAUUUUUGCAAGAAAAAUUAAUAAUUGGCAAAGGAUUUCUCCAUUCGGUUGUUUUUUUUUUUGACAAGAUUUGAUUGUUGGAAAGUAGAUUGGAAGCAUCAGGAAAUAUUUCAGGGUGGAAAGAGAGCAAAGAAUAAAGAAAAAACAGAAGUUAUGUAAAUGUAUUCGUUUUUUUUUAAAUUACUAAUGAAUUUUUAUAAAUUAUUUAGAUAACGUGUAUUUUUUGUAGGGUUGCCGCGUUUAGUUUUUUGCUCUUAAUUUUUUUUUUUGGAUUUGUAUAGAAAAAAAGGACUUCCUCAUUAAACUAAAUUUACAUUAAAUGUGUAAAUAGAGAAAAAAAAAUCAUUAAAAAGAUGAAAUUUAUCGUAAGAUUUUCGAAAGAAACAAAUUUAUUUUUGUAUCUCUAUAUAUUGAGAGAAAAUGUUUGGUUUUAUUUAUUUUUAAAAAAUAAUAUCCAACAUUUUCAAAAAAAAUAUCGUCAGUAUUUUUCCCUGUUUUCUUAUAAUUAUUAAAAAUAAAUUUAAAAAAGGAAAAUGAAAAACUAAAACUAAAUACAGAAAAAUUCAUGCUUAAUGAAUUGUUGUAUAUAAAUAAAGGAAAACGUAAUUUAAUAUUAAAAAAACAGAGAGAUUAACAAAUAAAGUACGAUUUAAGGGAUAUGUAGAUGAUAUUUGAGAUUAUAGGCAAAACACAAAAGAAAAACAACAUAAAAAAUUUAGUGUUUGGUACAACUUUUUUGGUAAUAUUAAAAAAUGGGGGUAAUAUAUUGAAUUUUCCAUUCAAAAUAAUUUACCUAAACGUAAAAAAAAGCUAAAAGAAAAAUUGUAAAGAAAAAAAAUAUUGUCCAAAAAAAAAGUAGUGAGGCAUGGUAUAUUUCCUAAUUGGGUAUAAUUUACACUGAGUAAAAAAAAACUGAAUUAGACGACAUUUCUGAUGUACACUUUCCAACAAGUCAAAUUUUUUUUUAGGUGGGAGGACAAGAAAGUUACUCAUGUAAUUGUGUAAAUAAUGAUUUUACGUGACAGUUCGUUAGAUUAUUAUUGAGGAGAGCGAGCGAGAGAGGAAGAUAAGAAUAGUGAGAGAAUGAGAAUCAACCUUAAGAAAAAAAUAUAUUAUUUGUGUACAUUUA